UUAUGGAAAGCCCUGUGGAUUACAGGCCAAGAAACAUGUCAACUUCAACGGUUCGAAACUUUGACAGUACCUCUAAGUCUUUUGGCACGGCUUUGUUGCUAGCAGAGGAUAAUCCAGAUACUUUUGAUUCAGAAAGUAACUGGUCUUUCGAAUCCGCUAAAUGUCACGAAAGUAGUACUCCUUCUAAGUUAAAACUACUUUCGAAGUACUAUCAGAUUGUCAAGAAACAAUUUUUACCAUAUCAAAGCCAAACAUUGGGCUUGUUCGUUAUGGACACAGCUAAAGUUCCCAAAUUAAAUGGGCGUAUCAAAAAAGAUGUCCACGUCUCCCACAUGCGUGAAAAUAUUUAUUGUGCUCAAGCUCUAUGGGCACUUGGGCGCGCGUACAGACUUGUCGAUAAUGAUGGAGGCCGAACUCACGAGUUAGAUAAUACUGCCGUGAAAUGUCUACGAGGAGUUUUGUUUUGCUGGAUGAGACAACACGAAAAAGUUGAACAGUUCAAAGCCAGCCCAUGUGCUGACAAUUCACUCAAUUUGACUUUCGAUUCGCUGACUGGUGAAGCAAAGGAAGUCUCAGAGUAUGCAAAGUACCCACAUUUACAAUUAGAAGUUCAAUCGCUCUUUAUUCUAACCAUCGUUCAAGUAACAAGCUCCGGACUGCAAGUCAUUUGGACCACAGAUGAAGUCAACUUUGUUCAAAAUUUAGUCUAUUACAUCGAAAGGAGUUAUAGGGUAUCAGAUUUCGGAAUGUGGGAGCGAGGGACCAAAUACAACAUUGGAGAGCCGGAACUUCACGCGAGCUCAUUAGCAAUGGCAAAAGCAGCUCUAGAAUCAGUUAAUGGAUUCAAUUUGUUCGGGGACAAGGGAACGUCAGCGCACAUUAUAUACGUCGAUUUAGAUGCCCACAACAGAAACUUGACUACAUUAGAGACGUUGUUACCCCGCGAAUCUAGCUCAAAGAAUGCCGAUUUUUCGCUUCUCUUCGGACUGGGCUACCCUGCUUUUGCCCUCAAUACUCAAAAAUUGCGGGAUGCUACGAAGGCUAAAAUAUUGAAGAAACUCAACGGCAGUUAUGGAUUGAAACGCUUUCUGAGAGAUGGAUAUGGCUGUCUCAAUGAAGAUACAUCUAGGCGGUACUAUCAUCAAUCCGAAAUCCAAAAGUUCGAUGGUGUAGAAUGUCAAUGGCCGCUUGGUUUUGUUUUGUUGUAUAUAAAUGCCGUCUUUGCCGGAGACACCCAGGAGGCUGAGAAGUACUCAGAAAUGAUUGAACAGCUAACUGUUAUGGACAAUGAUCACGAUGACGUACUACCAAUGUAUUACUACGUAAGAGAUGAGGAUGAUUUCGACCUGGAACGCAAAAAUCCGAACCAGGUUCCGAGAGAGCAUAGUGGCGAAGGCAGGGAUGGAAAAAUAUGGCUCCUUGGACAAUCUCUUUUCUUUAUAUCGAGACUUCUUGCUGAAGGGCUCAUUCAUCCUUCCCAAUUGGACCCUCUAGGAAGGCAUCACACCCGAGGAUCAAAAUCUAAAAACAGUAGAUCCGAAUAUGUUCCAUUGGUACACCCGUCAAGAAGAUACUCCGAGUUUCAAGUCACCAGGCCAAAAGAGCUCUGCGUUCAAGUGUGCAUCAUUUCCCAGUCUGUCAGACUACAGUCGUUACUUGCCACAUACGGGAUCCCAUCGCAAACACCUAACCAAAUUGAACCGGUAGAAAUCUGCUCUCCGAGUGAACUAGUUCGAGCCUACAGUUUCCUUGCAACGAAUGAAGCCCUGGGUCUAUCAGGAAGACCCGAGCGCCCAAUGGGAGGCUUGAGCACCAGCAAAGUAUACAAGAUCAAAGGAAAGACUGUUGUAUCGUACCCUCUAGUUUUCCAGCAGUCUAACUUCUACAUGGCACUGGACGCCACAAUGCUAGUCGAAGAUAUUCGAGAACUCAUUCGAUUCGUAUGGAGUUCGUGGUUUGUAGCGGGAAGACCACUGAUCGCCUGUAUUCUGCGAGAAGAUUUGUUCAACAACGAUCGAAGUGCUGUAGGUGAAGUUAUACAACUGUUGAAUACUUUCAAACGAGGCCAUUGCGCUGGUGUUCCGGUGAAGUUAGGUCGUAUGCAAACCUUCUUAUCUGCAAGCUGCUGGGAAAGUUUAGACUUCUUGGCAUACACCUCAAGCGAAUUCAAAUUCAAGCCCGCAGAUUUCUCAGUUGUAAAUUACGAACGGGAGUUGUUCACUGAUAAUAAUAUGAAUGCCACAGCCCACGAAGAGUAUGAUACCUCAAAACGUAGGCGGUCAAGCGUCCGAGAGCUCCCGACGGAUAUCGACUAUUAUCAAAGCGGAGCUGUUCUAGAUCUUUUGUACGCGUCAAGUGACAGUAUGCAGCUCCAGUCUAAACUUUUGUGCAAGUUACUGCAAAAGGAAGGACCCGAUUACAUCACAAGCAAAGGCACAAUUAAAGAGUGUCUGGAUUUGAUGGUACAUAUUGCAGCGUCACAAAAUAGGUGGGGCGUCGUCCGACAAUGCAGUGGUAUGCUACGCAGUACUGUUGACUCAUUGGCGCCUGCACUUACCUACAUUCUAGUGUUCGGAAAGUUCGUUACAAUCGGAGUUUUCGGACACCGAGAGGAGUUGAUAGAGAAGACCCUUUCGCCAGAUCAGCUACAUAGAAUCAUUUUUGACUGCUGCUUGGAAAUUGACCCUAGAGAAGCUGUGUUACAGCAAGAAGUAUUGAUAAAUGUCAGUAAAAUGAUAAUGAACUCUCCUGAUCUUUUCAAUGGAAUGUUGAAGAUCAGAAUAGGAUGGAUCAUUCAAUUGAUGAAGGGCGAAUAUCUGAAGGGAGACGAGGGCCUAACGACCAAUGAUUUCUACGAAAUGUCGCCUAGGAAAAUGAAAGAAAUGCUGAAAACCAUAAUGGCUAUAGAUGUUUCGCAGCGAGGUAUUGCGGAACAAAGAAGAAUUGACGGUUGUCUUAACCGGAACCCGUUCAAAUUCUACGACAAAGUUUGGGCAAUUUUGGAGAGGUGCCCGGAGGGUAUUCAGCUGUCGAAAUUCAAGAUUCCUCAGGAGCCGACUGUAAGUGCAAUGACAGAUUACGACUUGAAGUUCGCGAUGCUGGUCGAGGACAUGUUGUCGGGUGUGCGAAACCCGCUGUACAGACAACUCCUCAUAGAGCUACUCAUGAUCACCCAGACAAUCUUCGAACGCAAUCCGGAGUUCAAAUGUAUGCAGGUUCUGGAUCUGGACAAAAUGAUGGCCUCAGCUGUGGAUACAUUCGCACGUGAGCACGCAGAACAAGAAGGCUAUCCUGAGAGCUACUCGAUGAAAAACGAGAAAUUAAUGACGAGAUGGUUUGAGAUUUUCUACAACUUGGCUCCUCAAGUCAGAAAUGGAACUGUGAAGUAUAUGGUUGGUGCUAUAAUGCAUGUUGUGCUAAAUGCGGAACUGAAUGUACCCAGUCGAGAUAGUCAGGAUGUGCCUUGUCAUAUCCAAUGAUUAUGGUACCGUUCUCGGGGGUUCUUUUCCAGUCUUUCUUUGAUGUGAUGGUAAUUCUGAAAAACUAUUCCCUGUUUAAAAUGUUUUUUUUUUCCUGUUCACACAAACAGAUGAGUGUAAACAAGCGGCACAUUUUUUUUAUAAGCAAAUUGUCGUAUUUGUGAUGUUAUGAAGGGUAUGGAAAACUGGAGAAGAGUCCCAUUGUCGCGUAACGGCGACGAAAAUUCUCGAUAGUCUAGUGACAAAACUAAUUUUCUAUUUCGUAUUAUAAUUCAGUGAAUUGUAUUUUCAUGCAUUAAUCCAUUAAUGUGUUAGAUGCGUUUAUUAUUAUUAGUUUUUAAGUAUUAAUCUUUCGUACAAUUGACCCAGUUCAAAGCUAGUUUUUA